UUGUAAUUCAACUGCUAAAAUACACAUAACGAAAAAUGUCUUCGGUCGAUAAAGAGAAGGAUACAAAGGAGGAGACCAAUCAAAAGAGCGAAGACUUGGGCUUGCUUGAGGAAGACGAUGAGUUCGAAGAGUUUCCCGCUGAAGAUUUUCGUGUAGCCGACGAUGUUGAAGAGCCCAACGUGUGGGAAGAUAAUUGGGAUGACGACAAUGUGGAAGAUGAUUUCAGUCAACAGCUUAAGGCGCAUUUGGAGAGCAAGAAAAUGGAGACAUGAAAUCGUUCGGCGUUCGUAUCUAACCACACAAUAAUUGAGUUAAAACAAACUAGUAAUAAACAAAACGGAAAUAUAUAUUAAUUAAGAUACAA